AUGCCUCCCAAGCAAGCUACGUUGGGCAAGUUCUUCAAGGCUCCAAAUGGAGAUUUCACGAAGCCCACACCCAAGCAAUCGAAGCUAUCAUUCUCAUCCAAAUCCAAUGGCACUCCGAGCUCAAGCGCAAGCGUGGCAAAUGAAGACGUCGACAUGAAGGAUGAAGAUUCCGAUACUAAGGUCAAGCCAAAGAUCAAGAAUGAGGAGGCUGUCGAUUCCAAGGAGAAUGUAAAGCCUGGAACAGAAACGAAGAAGCGCUCCCGGUCACCACCUCCAAAGAAGGAGGUGAAGGAAGAGAGUAAGAAAGCGAAGGAAGAGGCUGUUAAAGAGGAGGAAGACGACGAAGAUGAUGAGCCAGUUCUCAAGCGACCUCGACGAUCGAUUAAGACAGAAGAAGAUGAUGACCAGCUCCUUGUCUCCAGCUCCAAAUCUGAACCCAAGCCAAAGCCCGAGCCCUCUAAGAAAUUCAAAAGCAUGCCACCUCCACCUAAUAAAAUCAAGAAGGAAAUGAAGGAAGAAGAUGGUGAUGAUGUUGAAGAACCAAGUUCAUCGAAAGAACCAUUAAAGCGCAGAGGAUCCAGUGCAUCGGCAUCGGCAUCAGACAUCGAAGAGGGCCUGGAAGAAGAUGAUGAAGAGGAUGAGAAGCCAGAGAUUGCUGCAAAGGCUCGUGAGAAAGUUCAAACCACGUUAAAAUCGAAGGCCAAGGAUCCAUACCCCGAUUGGAAACCAGGAGAGCCAGUUCCAUAUGCAGCUCUCUGUACUACGUUCUCUUUGGUCGAAAUGACCUCAAAGAGACUUGUCAUCCAGGCACACUGCUCAUUAUUCCUUCGACAAGUUUUACGACUUACCCCUGACGACCUUCUGCCAACCGUUCUCCUCAUGAUAAACAAGCUCGCGGCGGAUUAUGCUGGCAUUGAGCUAGGAAUUGGCGAAUCCCUGAUCAAGAAGGCCAUUGGCGAAUCAACAGGUCGUAGCUUGGCAGUGGUCACGCAAGACCAGAAGGAAAUUGGAGACUUGGGCUUAGUUGCCGUUAAGAGCAGAGCAAACCAACCUACUAUGUUCAAGCCGAAACCCCUUACUAUCAGGGGAGUUCACAAGGCGCUCAUAGACAUCGCCACAACGUCGGGUAAUGGUGCUCAAGGACAGAAGGUUGACAGAAUCAAGAAGUUGCUCUCGGCUGCUGAUGGACAUACGACUGGAAAGAUUGAUAUUACCAAGGACAAAGGAGGCGCCAGUGAGGCGAAGUUCAUCGUCCGAUUUCUUGAAGGUAAACUUCGCUUGGGUCUCGCUGAGAGGACAGCCAUUAUUUCACUUGCUCAAGCUAUGGUUUGUCAUGAGGUAGAAGCGAAAGGUUCUGGGAAAAUCCCAAGUACAGAACAAUUGGCUAAGGGCGAGUCAAUACUGAAGGCAGUGUAUAGCGAGCUUCCCAGCUACGAUGUUAUUAUACCAGCAAUGCUUGAGCAUGGCCUCUUCAACUUGCAAGACAAUUGCAAACUUCAACCAGGCGUUCCUCUCAAACCGAUGUUGGCAAAACCCACCAAAUCUAUCACCGAGGUUCUCGAUCGUUUCGAAAACCAGACAUUCACCUGCGAGUAUAAAUAUGACGGCGAGAGAGCCCAGAUCCAUUACGUUGCCAAGGAUUCUCCAUUGCAAUAUAAAGGUCCCCAAUCAGCCACUGACAAAACUUCAUCAGGCGGACUUGCGGCGAUCUUCUCCCGCAAUUCGGAAGAUUUGUCCAAGAAGUAUCCCGAUAUCCUAGCCAAGCUUAAUACGUGGGUGAAAGAUGAUACCAAGUCCUUCGUCUUGGAUUGUGAAACCGUAGCCUGGGAUUUGAAUGAAAAGAAAGUUCUUCCUUUCCAGCAACUCAUGACCCGCAAGAAGAAAGAUGUCAAAGUUGAGGAUGUGAAGGUCAAAGUUUGCGUCUUUGCUUUUGACCUCCUGUUCCUGAAUGGUGAAGCACUCGUUGGGAAAUCUCUUCGCGAACGACGAGCACUUCUUCAUGAGGCGUUCAGUCCAGUUGAGGGAGAGUUCUCAUUCGCUACACACAUGGAUGGGCAAGAAAUCGACGAGAUCCAGACCUUCCUUGAUGAUAGUAUGAAAGCUUCAUGUGAAGGUCUCAUGGUCAAGAUGCUUGAUGGCAGUGAAAGUGCUUACGAACCCAGCAAGCGGAGUAGGAACUGGCUAAAGAUCAAGAAAGACUAUCUUGCAGGCGUAGGCGAUUCUCUCGACCUCGUUGUCCUAGGUGCUUACUACGGCCGUGGCAAACGCACCUCCGUCUUCGGUGCCUUCCUCCUCGCCUGUCACAACCCCUCGAAUGACACCUACGAAACAAUCUGCAACAUCGGCACAGGUUUCUCAGAAGCCGUCCUCGAGACCCUGCACGCCGAACUCUCACCCCUCAUCAUUGACCGCGCGAAACCCUUCUACGACCACAGCAGCGGAAACCAGCAUCAACCCGAUGUCUGGUUCGAGCCGAGGUAUGUGUGGGAGGUGAGGACGGCGGAUUUGACACUGUCUCCUAGGUAUAAGGCCGGGUGUAAGGAGGGGCUUGAAGAUGGGAAGGAGAAGGGGAUUAGUUUGAGGUUUCCGAGGUUUAUUAAGGUAAGGGAAGAUAAGAAGGUGGAGGAGGCGACGAGUAGUAGGCAGGUGGUUGAGAUGUAUAGGAAGCAGGAGAGCGUGGCGAAGAACAAGGGACCGGCUGUCGAUGAUGACUUUGAGUAUUAA